CUUCUAGUCCUUCAAUCGUUGCCGUGCGUUGGAAGCCAUUUUUACAAGUUGAAUCAUGGUGAACGUACGCGUUACUUUAAGACGCCGACUCAGUUACAACACUAAAUCCAACAGGAGAAAAGUGGUGAAGACGCCAGGUGGUCGCUUGGUAUAUCAUUAUGUAAAGAAGCCUGGCUCUGCACCAAAAUGUGGCGAUACGAAGACUGCCUUGAGAGGAAUUCGCUCUGUUAGGCCCAAGAAACUUAAAAUUAUGUCCAAACGAAGAAAGUCUGUUUCAAGAGCCUACGGUGGAUGCCUGUGUGCUAAAUCUGUUCGAGAAAGAAUUGUUAGAGCCUUCUUGAUCGAAGAGCAAAAGAUUGUUCGACGACUCGUGAAGGAACAAACUAAAGGUGCUGGCAAGAAAUAAUCGAAAUAUCACAGUUGUAAUACUAUAGAAAAAACUUUGAAUCUUUACUGUGAAUAAAGUACGAUUUGAAUUAUUUGAAUUUAAAAGGCAA